AUGUCUGUCGAACUACGUUCCGUGCCCGAUGCGCGAUCGGCGGCACCAAGCGACGAUGAGGAGGGUAACAACUUGAUCCAGGCUCUGCCGCCGACCGACCAGGGAGCCACGGCAUGGAAAUUUCUUUUCGCAAGCUUUAUUAUCGAAGCCGCUCUAUGGGGAUUUCCCUUGACUUUUGGUGUCUUUCAGGACUACUAUUCCUCCCAUCCGCAAUUCGAGGGCAACUCCAACAUUGCAGUAAUUGGUACCGUCUCGACUAGUAUUUACUUCCUCGGCGCGCCGCUCGCUGCGCCGCUGGUCAGACGCUUCCACGCCUGGCAGAGGCAUAUGGUCAUUGCUGGCUGGGCCCUUUGCGUCAUCUCACUCGUGGGCGCUUCGUUCUGCGACUCCGUCCCGGGACUCAUUGCCACGCAGGGAGUCCUGUAUGGAACGGGUUUUCUGACGCUUUACUUCCCCGUUCUGCGCAUGCUCAACGAGUGGUUCGUCGCGCGCCGCGGGUUUGCGUACGGCGUACUCUAUGCCGGGGGCGGCUCCAGUGGUGUUGGCUUGCCUUUCUUGCUUCAAUUGCUUCUGGAGAAGUACGGCUACCGCACGACCUUGAGAGCAGUUGCUGUCGCGCAGUUUGUGCUGGUCGCGCCAGUUCUGCCCAUGCUCAAGGGCCGCCUGCCGCCCUCGAACCAUGGUGCGCUGCGCAUGUUUGACGUGAGCUUCUUCAAGCAGCCUCUCUUCUAUUGCUUCGCAAUCUCGAACCUGUUCCAGGGGUUCGCGUACUACAUUCCGUCGCUGUACCUGCCUUCCUAUGCCUCUGCCAUCGGUUUGUCCGGAACGAUGGGUGCUUUGCUCCUGGCAGCCCAUAACCUGGCGACCGUCUUCGGCCAGCUUGGCUUCGGCUGGCUUUCGGACAGGACGAACAACGUGUUUAUUCUAAUGUUCGUAUCGUCCUUUGUCUCGUCGAUUGCAGCCUUUACCAUUUGGGGUUUCGCGCAUUCUCUCCCGAUGUUGCUGGUGUUUUCUGUCAUCUUCGGCAUGUUUGCCGGCGGCUUCUUGGUGUUCUGGGCCAAGUUCGGCGCGAUCUUGUCGGAUGACCCCCAGCCUGUGUUCAGCAUGAUGGCGUUUGGCAAGGGUAUUGGAAACCUGGCCACUGGCCCGAUCACUGCGGGACUGCUUACCAGACCGGUUAGCUCUGGUUAUGGCAUGGGACGCUACGAAUCGUUGAUUCUGUUCCUCGGCUCUUUCAUGCUUUGCUCUUCGUUGGGUAUUCUCGGUUGGCCUCUUAAGAAAGUGACAACUCGUCACUAG